UUUAAAACAAUAAUUAAAUACAUACGACAUGGCAUGCAAUUCAAAAAAGGCUACAUUUGAGGAGCUUAUUGAGACGAUGUCGUUGGCCGAGGUGGAGAAGAUCUUAGAGCUGGCGAACAACGUUGAGAAGACCCUGCACGACAAGGAAGCCUCUAAGCUACUAAGGCGUUACAUGGAGUCAAAGGUUUCCACAAAAAAAAUUUCCUUACAGUGCCUGGACAUUCAUGAGAAGUGCGCCGAGUUCCUAGCCGAAAAGCACCCUUUGUAUGACUCUUUUGAGUUGGACAUCCUUGCCCGCCUGGGUCUGGCCCCUCAUCUAAAGCAGAAUCUAGCCUAUCGACUGAACAAUGGGGACCCGCUUUGCAUCAGCCUUUGCCUUAAGAAUAUCCAGGUGGCAUGUCGCGGUGAGAUUGAGGAUUUCUUUUCCGACUAUAAAGACUCUAUAAUAAAAAAGCUGACGAGUCUAAAACUUGAAUCUCCCGUGAAGCUCUAA